CCUCAAAUUGUAUAAAGAUCUGCUCAGAUACAGCUCGCAAUUGAAAUUUACAGAUCAAAAAUAUUUUGUGCACAGAGUGCGAAAAGAUUUCUUGCAAAAUCGAUCGCUCGAGGACAUUAAAGACAUUCGGUUUCACAUUGAGAAAGGUCAACAAUUGCUAAGGAACAAGAGAGUUAUCUAGACGGCGCCUGAAGUGAAUGAUGUUAAGUAGAUUUCUGGUAAUCCAGGUUCGUUUUAAGUCAUUCAAAAAAUUUCUAGACUUCUCUAGAGUCCCUAAACUAGACGAGAAUGAUCUUGAGGAGCAAUAUGUGAGGGGUAGUGGUCCAGGUGGUCAGGCGACGAAUAAAACAAACAACGCUGUUGUUCUGAAGCACAAACCUAGUGGACUAGUAGUCAAAUGUCAUCAAACGAGAAGCUUGUGGGACAACAAGAAAAUAGCUCGUGAAAUAUUAAUAACGAAGCUGGACGAUAAAAUCAACGGUGAAUAUUCACUGGACAAUCAGAAGCGCAAGUUGCUUGCUAAACAAGCGGCAGAUCGUACUCGAAAGAGAAAUAAAUUAUUGGAGUUGAAGAGAGAAUUUAAGGAACGAGAGGGAUUAGAGUGACUCUGAUAUUUCAUCCUGUAUUUUUCUUUUUUACAAUGAAAUAUUUUCCAUUAAUGCGACUAUAAAAUAUGAAAAAACAAUGAUAUACACAUGUUUGAAUGGAAAAUAAACAAUAAAGCCUGAUGUAAAAAAAACAUGAUAUAGUUUAUUAAU